GAUAAUCAUAUGCGCGGCUGCAGCCUUCCUGCAGCAUGACCACCUCGCCGCGGCUGCGGAAGGCGGCGGCAGCGUGGACGAGGGCGAGGCGCUGGAGGCGCUGGGGACAGCCCCGGUGGAGAAAAUCUGCUCGUUCACGAGCAACGCGGAGUCGUGCAGCGCCGCCCUGACCCCGGUGGCGAGCAACAAGUCCGCGGGGCUGACGGACUACCUGAUGGCCGCGAUCAAGGUGGCCAAGCAGGAGGUGGAGAUUGCGAAGGAGCGCCCCGCCGAGAUCGGCAAGGCUGCCACCAAGCCGCAGGAGAAGAUGGCGGUGGACGACUGCAAGGAGCUCCUCCAGUUCGCGGUGGAGGAGCUGCAGGAAUCCAUGACGGCGGUCGGGGAGAGCAGCGUCGACACCAUCGCCGAGAGGGAGGCCGAGCUCAAGAACUGGCUCAGCGCCGUCCUCUCUUACCACGAGACCUGUAAAGACGGCUUCGAAACGCCCGAGCUCAAGGACGGGAUAUCCAACGGGCUGUUGAAUGCCACCGAGCUCACGGAUAAUGCGCUCUCGAUUGUGGCGUCAAUAUCGAACAUUACCAAGUCGUUGGACGGGAAGAGCUUGCCCGAUGAAACGAAGACGCUGCUCAACGGGUUCCCGUCGUGGAUGAAGCCCGGGGACCGGAAGCUUCUCGCGAUCGGAGGGGAGCCCGAGCCCAACGCCGUGGUGGCGCAGGACGGGAGCGGCCAGUAUAAGACCAUUCAGGCAGCGCUCGACGCGUAUCCUAAAGGCGGUGUUCAGGGAAGGUAUGUGAUAUAUGUGAAGGCGGGAGUGUACGACGAGUAUAUCACUGUGACAAAAGAUCAAGUCAAUAUAUUCAUGUACGGAGAUGGCCCAAGAAAAUCGAUCGUGACCGGAAAGAAGUGCUUCACUGACGGCGUCUCGACCUUCCAGACCGCCUCGUUCAGCGCGAUUGGCAACGGCUUCAUCUGCAAGUCGAUGGGCUUCCGCAACACGGCCGGGGCGCAGGGGCACCAGGCCGUGGCACUACGCGUGCAAUCCGACAUGGCGGCCUUCUACAAUUGCCGAAUGGAUGGGUUCCAAGACACACUAUACAUCCAGACGCAUCGGCAGUUCUACCGCAACUGCCUUGUCUCGGGCACGGUGGACUUCAUCUUCGGGGACUCGGCCACCAUCCUGCAGAAUUGCCUCAUCAUAGUGAGGAAGCCGAUGGACAAGCAGAAGAACACGGUGACUGCCCAAGGGAGGAUCAAGAAGAACGAGCCGACAGGGAUUGUGAUCCAGAACUGUAAGAUCGUCCCGGAGAAGAAGCUGGACCCGGUCAGGAUGCAGAUUCCAACCUAUCUAGGGAGGCCAUGGAAGGAGAACUCGAUGACCUUGGUGAUGGAGUCUUGGUUGGCUGAUUUCAUUCAACCGGAAGGGUGGCUGCCGUGGGCUGGCACCUUCGCUCUUGACACGUUGUUUUACCGGGAGUAUAACAACCGUGGGCCAGGGAGCCCCACGGACAAGAGGGUGAACUGGAAGGGGUACGCCGUGAUGACUAAUAAGGAUGAAGCUCAGAGGUACACUGUUGGACCCUUCCUACAAGGAGACCAGUGGCUACCGGCCACCACCGUCCCCUUCUCCGUCGGCCUUGCUUACUAGAUGUUCAUUGCAUAGUCAUAGGAUGCGGAGGAGGAUGAAUCUUACUAGUUUCCUGUCAACCCACCGCAUGUACUCAAAUAAUGCACUAUUCUUGCCUUUUUCCAUCAAUAAAUAAACGAUU